GCGCGAGCGGGGCUUGACCAGUGAGUAGCUUAUCUGCGUCGUGCCAAACGGCGCAUUCAGAUCAUCGGCAGACAUAAGGCGUGCAUUCGCAUUCUGCGCAGCGAAGUCAAUGGUCUGACUUCACUCACCUCGGAGCUGAAGGCGAUCUUCUGUGGCUUGUCCUGCCGGUUGUACAGCCUUCGCCGAAAAGUGCGAUUUCUAUUAGCUGAGGUCUCGGCAGCUGAACGCCGCGAACGACAGAGGCAGCGGGAGUAUAUCGCGAACGACGGCACUGGGACAGAGCGCGUUGAUGGCGCCUCGGUCGUGUCUGGUAUUUACACACUGCAUGUCCAUUCAUUCAAGAAAUAUAGCUCAACCAAUCGUGGGCUACGACGUCUCGACGGAUGACGAAGGUAGAGCUGCGCACCACAGCCCCUCUCAAGAUAUCGAAAGCACAGCUGCGAUCUAUAGCCGUACAGCAAUCGAGGCGCACGCAGUCGACCAGCACCUUGACAUGAUGCGCAAGAUGAGGGGUGCUUCCAAUCACGCAAACGCUGGAGACGCUACACCGCCGAUCAGUGCAGCCCCGGCUGCGAAUCAUAACAUCGCCGUCCAAAGCUGGAGGCAUGAGCUGAACAAAAGACUGUACGCAAAUGGAAUCAAAACUCGAGUCCGUUGGCAGUUGGAAUCCUUGCACAGGACCCAGGGUCCUUGGGUUGCGAUUGCCAUCAUCAAUGGCGUCGAAUUCGGACGCGGCAUGGCCAAGACCAGGGAUGGAGCGAAGGAGGCCAGUGCACACGAAGCCUACCACAAUUUGCUCUCCAGUGUGCAAGAGCGGGGCAACACUUGCAGAUGGACUCAGUGUCAACUGCCACUGGCUAGUGAUGCGUGCACUGCAGGUCCCCAUCAAGCGUCAGGCUAAGUCCCUGGUGCCCGGCACCACGACGUGCUUUUGUUCAUGAACUGUCCCCAUGUCGCACAAAUUUGUUUUGGUAUACCGCUAUCAAAAGGUAUCAGUCGAUUUACAUUAAUCAAUAUCCAUACAGCAGC